GAUUGUUUGCAUGAAAGACAAUCAAUGGUGAAAAAAAUAAUGGUUUAGAUUUAGGAGUGAUUAAGUUAGUGUUAUCAAAUAUAUCAGCUCCUUUAUUUGACCGUUGGUCCAAAUUGGGGGUGGUAUGCACAAGUUUCUCACGUCACUCGAGGCUUCAACAGUUCAACUGGUUCAGGAAUCCGUUUUUCAGGCCAUAGUAGCUGUCCACAAUGUUUUCUCGCAGAUCAAGUGGAAGAGUGGCUAGUGGUAGAGUUGCAUUAGAAAAUGGAGUCCCAUUACCACUGUUGCCUGAUCCUAAAGCAAAUUUACAAUGGGAUGAGGUUAAACCACUUUCAGGAAAACCAUACUGGCAUAGUGUUCUUUCGCCUACAAAUCUUCAACCCCGUUAUAACUUGAUGCCGGGGAUGAACUUGCGGUCAAAACUUCCUUCUAAUGAGGUCCCUACUAUUCUCAUCUAUGGGGGCAAGAGCUGGGACAUGGUGUAUUAUGGACAAAGCAAACAGAAGGCUUUUGGUGUCACAGGCUGGAAAAAAUUUGUUAUUGAUAAUUGUUUGAGGGUUGGAGAUGCUUGCAUUUUUGAGCUCAUGGAAAGCAGUGACAAGAAAGUCAUACUUGAAGUUCAAAUUCUUAGAGGUGACAUCCCAUCUGAAUGGCUUGGAAAUGAAAUGAUCAUAGGUCAAGGGAAUGAAAUGAUCAUAGGUCAAGAGAAUGAAAUGAUCAUAGGUCACAGUCGGGAAAAUCCAAUUGUCCUUAACUAGUAUUCUAACCAUUUAUGUAUUUCAUUUUCCUUUUCAUUCUGCGAUGGUUCAGGGUUAUUGGAUAACUUUAGUAUGUUAGUAUAUGGAUGUUGUCCCUGCCUCAACUUGUUAGGAGUAGUGAAUUUACGUGCUAUGUUGAAUGUCUAAAUUCUAAAUACCAGUUGAAUUUUAUUAUUGUCAUCAG